AUGCUGCGCUCGAGCGCAGGCUGUCUGUACAAAGGCGUAGCCACAGCAGCCAAUUCGCUUAGAUCGGAGAGAGUGAUCCUCGCAACCGCUUCAACUGGUCAACUGGCUUAUAGCACUGCAUGUUUUCCACCAAGCCGGUGUUCAUUUCUGCGACGCGCUGCGGUGCAUGUAGCUCUCGCAUCCAACUUUCACUCGAUACCGUACUUCAACACAUCUCAACCACAUGGGCCUUCGUCGACCGACCAGUACAACGCCCCAACUCUUGAGCGCUACCUACCACCCUUACUCGACAUUGAGCUCAUUGCACAGAAUGAUGCCCAACAACCGCUCAUUACUGCAAUCCAGCACCUCGACGCCGACACGGCGUGGUCCCUCUACACGCAACUCGGCAAAGCCCGCUGCGAUAUCUCGACCUCAGUUCUCGACAUGCUCAUCACCCUACAAUUGCGCAAACCCGUCAGAAGUAGUCCAAAUAAUGUUAUCGAUAGCCAUGAAGCUGCUCGCCAGGUCUGCGAUAGAGUCCUCCAUCUUUGUCACGACCGAUUUUGCUACCAAGCUGGCAGCUCCAUCAACAUUCAGACAUCUGCCACUAGCAACCACGUGCUGUCCAGCCUGCCUGCUGCUUUCUCCCUUCGACUCCUCUAUCUACUCAUCGUGGAAGAGGAGCAAGUUGCAUCGUUGAAAUCUUUUCGAUCCUCUCAUAGGCGCGCCAACCUAUCUACGAUCCUCAAAACGCUUUCAGCUAACGUGGACGCCCAACGUUGUCAUGGCGAUCCACAAAUCGAUGUCACGCUCCGAGGGCGUCUCGCAGCCACGCUGUCACGCUCGAAAGACACGGAUUCCGCCUAUCACCACCUGAGAAUACUAGUUCAGGAAGCAAAUCAGUCAGACGAUAUUGCCUCCAUCGAUCCACGUCCCUUUGAUCAACUUCUUUCGGCAUUGGCGAGACAGGCCAGCACGUUCUCAAAGCCUACCGAGCUUCUUCCAUCACCAGCUGAUUUCGGAUCAAGACCGACGGAUGAGACCCACCCUAUCAUUCGGGCUUUGCGCAUCACACUGUCAACCCAGGUUCAAGCGUCCAAGGCCAAUAUACACAAAUGCCUUCAGGCGCUAGACUCUGCAACCCUCUGGUGGCUGCUGCCUUUCGAGCUUGAUGGCAGGCCUUCCCAUAACGGCCAGCCCGACGAUCGAUAUCCUCUCAAAGCAAAGUGGCACCCAUGGCAAGCAUCUCCAGACGGCUUGACCAUCUCACAAGACUCUCUCGACUCUUUCGCCGAGCGCGUUGCACUUGUGCUUGCGCAGCGCGGUAUCCUUCAGCCGUCUCUUCACAUUGUCGAUAGCCUACAGCCCUCGCAUGACAGCAGUCGCGACAACAGUUACGCUACGAACAAGAUGCCUGACCAUGACUUGUUCACUGUCAUUCUGGAGAAACUAGCGCAACGCAUGGCUUCCGACAAUAAGACAGAUGCGCGCAAGUCGGUCGACAUGCAUAGAGGCCUCUCGGCCGACCUCCAUAUGGCCAUCAAAGUUUACAGCACCGCUCACUCCAUCGGCGUGCAUCUCGAUCCUCGUCUCAACGAGGCUAUAGUCAAAGCUCUGGCGUCUUGCUUACCCACCUCCAUCGUGGAUUUGGGCCCUGAAAGGUCUCGUUUCACCAAAUUUAAGGCGCACAUAGCACGACGCAACGAGCAGCGUGGCAGCAAACAAGCUCUGAGGGAAUACCUUCGCCACGUCACCACCAUGGUGCUUGCAAGAGACCCGGACUUGAGCAAGGCAACGCUAAGCUUCCCCGCUCAGGCCACCCUCCUUGGCCUUCACAUGCGAACUCGAGACUACACUUUUUCCAAGCGGCUCUACCAAUUGAUCCGCCUGAAUGGAUCGUCUGCAGAAUUCUGGUCGGCCGACCCGCAUUUAGCCUCUUUGCGUCUUUCGGGACUCAAUCCUUUGGCCGGACCGGAUCGCGACACCUUCAUGUGGCUGUUUUUGGAAAGUACUCGAUCCGUUCAGAAUUCAGCUUUUUCCGUCCAGCUGUACCUCGACUGGUUGGCGAGUGGAAACCCCUUUCCUCCAAGUCUCUGCGCCAACUUUUUGCGAGGCCUGUUGCGUGCCGAUCUCCUUCCUGUGGUUCGGCGGGUACUGAUGGAACUUCAGGAGAAUCGCAGCUUGCUCCAAGCUCGUCUUGCUCGCAGUCUUGUAGCUUCGUUUGCUGACGCUGGCUUUCCCGACCUUGCCGUCGAACUGGUCGUCAAUGUCUCUCAGCUCACGGCUAGUACGAGCUUGGGCCAGAUCUCCAACGCCAGUACGGACAGUGCAAGUGGAACACGCGAUUCCUCCCUGCUUACUUCGACCUUAGGGCUUAUGGGCCUUGCGCUCGAUCGGUCGAGCAGGCACCUCUCUUCAAAUGACGACGACUUGCUCCGCAAGAUACUAGGCGUGUUCGAAGAGUUCAAAUUGGGCUUGACACACCAUCUCUUAAAGACUGGGGCACGAGAGAUCGACGCAUCGCAUGACGCAGCUACUCGAGCAACCGCUCGAGACGUUCGUUUGGCAUACAACGCAGCCAUGAGAGCAUCCUUGUCUGUAAUGCCAGAUCCUUUGAGAGGACCUGCAAGUGUUGACGCUGUUCAAUCAAAGAUUGGCUGGGAAUCUAUCAAGUCGGCCUGUUCCCUUGCCGAAGAGCUCUUUAAAGAGCUCGAGGAUCUGGGCGCUGAGCCGGACAACGAUUCGUGGAACUUGCGCAUCACUUCGAAAUUGCUUGCCUGUCACUCUGCGCCAGAUCUAGGGGAACGCGAGGCCUGGUUGCAAAGUGCGCUUGAAGCGGUCGUUCACGUCUUCGAGCAGGAUUUUAGAGCAGAGCGUCCACCACAAGCCUUGAGACACGACCAUCGAGCGCACCCAGCCGACACGUCCGCCUUCGAAGACAAAUACGCACAACGCGCUGUUGUGCAUCCAGCCGUGGUCGCAGCGGCAAUCGAUGCCAGUCGCUGCUGCGACAACCUCGAGGGGGGCCUUCGAGUCUACAAGCUUCAUAUGCGCCACAGCGGGUUCAACGUGCAGGUUGAAAAGGCACGCCUGAUGCUACUUGCGGACUUGGCUGAGCCGCAUCAAUGGAGAAAUGAGCUCGACACUCUCAAGCGACACUCCAAGACGGCUUUCAAGCUUGACAAGCACUUCGUGCAGCAGUUACAGCAGCUCUCCGAUGCCGCGAUGCAACGUCAGUAG